GGGUCUGGUUCUGUGAUGCAGCAGCAGUUCCGCCUUCAAACAUGGCGAACAUCAGGAAUGUCAAGGGGAUGGUGGGGCUGGUCACAGGAGGUGCCUCGGGUUUGGGCAGGGCUACAGUAGAGCGGCUUAUCAACCACGGAGCGAGCGCUGUAAUCCUUGACCUGCCCAGCUCAGACGGCCAGAGUGUGGCUGCAGCUCUCGGUGAGCGCUGUGCAUUCGCUCCAGCUGAUGUGACUUCAGAGUCAGAUGUGCGCUCAGCUGUGGAUUUGGCGAAAGAGAAGUUUGGUCGACUGGACCUGGCAGUGAACUGUGCUGGUAUUGCUGUCGCUGUUAAGACGUACAACUUUAAAAAGGAUGUCCCUCACAGUCUGGAAGACUUCAGUAGGGUCAUCAACGUAAAUAUUGCAGGCAGCUUUAAUGUAAUAAGGCUGGCAGCAGGGAUGAUGGGCAAAAACGAGCCAGAUGCUGAUGGACACAGAGGCUGCAUCAUUAACACAGCCAGCGUUGCAGCUUUUGACGGGCAGGUGGGUCAGGCUGCAUACUCUGCGUCUAAAGGUGGCAUUGUGGGAAUGACUCUUCCAGUUGCUCGAGAUCUUGCUCCUAUGGGCAUCCGCGUGGUCACUAUUGCUCCAGGUUUGUUCUCUACGCCACUGCUGGCUGGUCUGCCUGAGAAAGUGCAAGGUUUUCUCGCAAGACAGGUGCCUUUCCCUUCGCGCCUGGGCGACCCUGCUGAGUUCGCUCACCUCGUGACUGCCAUUGCUGAAAACCCUAUGAUCAAUGGCGAGGUGAUUCGCCUGGAUGGAGCCAUCAGGAUGCAGCCUUAAGAAGGAGAGAACCUCACAGAGGGGAAGAGACUUAGUAAUGCACCCUGCGGUCUGUGUGUGGAAAAGAAACUGGGUUAAUGGAACAGAGCCUGAUGAGCAUUUCCUCUUUCAGUGUACUGCAGUUUUACUUCUCAGGACUUCCUGAGUUAAAGUUCUGCUGCUUUUUUUUUUUUUUUAUGUUUAAAUCAUUGAAAAUCUGUAGAUAUUUUUUAGAAUGCUGCUCUGAUUUUCCAAAAACCUGGUUGUGUGAGGACGUUUACUCUUCAGGCCAGUACCAGGCUUUAUUCUGUUCUGGGAAAUGCCUAAAGUGCAUUAUUGAGAUUAUGAUCAGAAUAAACAGAGUGUACUGCAAAUAAUCAAAUAAUAAAACAUCUUGCUGAAAA